CGUGGCUGUGGAAACUCUGAGAUAGGCAGAACCGUCAGACUGUAAAAAUAUCGGAGUGUUGAAAUCUUUCUCGUGGACCUUUGCACAUUCCCAGCACUCCGCGUCCAAGUCAAAUCCUCCUACACAAGGCAUUGGGCGCAGUAGUUAGUGCUUCACUCAUCUGUGUCACUGCCUUGAACUCCAGGAACCGUCUUCUUCACCUCUGGACCUCACUCAGCGACCGCUACUGCUUCUCACUUUCCUGAGGAAUUGGAUACAAGAUCAACAGUGCUGACAGACACCUCCCUCCUUCCACCUUGAAAGGUUCACAAUCAGCGGGGACAAUGUACGGAGAUUAUGAUACCAGACACCUUCUAGAUUAUGGGCAAAACCAGAGUCAGGCUAAUGAGCUUCCUCCUCAAAAACCUCAAUUCCAGAGGACAAACAGUGUGGGCAGACCCAGUGCCAAAUCCAUCUACCGGCAACGGAAGGAAUAUGCACAAAGCCUCAAUUCGAUGCAGGAUCUCUCUCAAUAUCGAGUCGAGCACCUGAUCACCUGUGACCUGGAUUUCAAGGAUACAAGGACAUUGGACAGCUGUAUCUCCAAGCUUAAGAUGCUGGAUGCCAAGGGCAGGGUCUGGGGGCAGGACAUGAUGAUGCAGAUGAGUGACAGCUUCCUCAAACUGUCCGAUAUAGAGACAAGGGAUGAGCUGGAAACAUUCAGCAUUGAUGCAGUGUACGACAGCCGGGCGAUAUUAAACAGCUGUAUCUACAACUCCGUGCUGGCUCUAACCAUCAGGGACUCGAGGAAAUCCCUCGUUUACCUAUUCCAAUGUGAAGAAGUCUCUGCCGAUUUGAUUGACAUGGCCAUCAAGAAAAUCACGAAGGGAACGAAACAGGACCGGGGAGAUCAGGGCACGUUCAGAAGUAACCUGGACAACAUGCUCACUCAGCCCGUUCCCUCGCAUCACAUGAAGUCGGGAAUGCCCCCCCCGCAGGAUAGAUGGUCAUCCUCGGGCUACACCACCCCAGCCAUGUCCGAAUACAGCAGCUGGGCUGGCCCCAACUCCAGGGCCCCAUCAGAGCAUGGCUCUGACAAGACGAAUGUCAGCACAUCGAGUUUUAACCUACGACGGGAUAUGGAAAUCCUGAAUCACGCUCUGGAUGACAUUGAGCUGUUUGUCAACAAAAUCCAGCAGAUCGUGGGCUCCAACAAGCAAAAAGAAGAGAAGAAGAAAAAGAAGAAACCGAAAAAAGGGAGUUCCCAUCUACCCCCAGAGGCUGAGUUUGUGGAUUUUCUUCAGAAGAGCAAAUACGUCCUUAAUUUACUGGGCAAGCUUGAUGCGUACCUAAAUAAUCCCAGUGCAACCGACCUGUGUCGCGGUUUGUUCCAAACACUUAAUUAUGUCCUGAAACAUUGUCCGGUAGUUAAUCUGGAGCAGAAUGUGAUCACCCCUUUCCUGAAGACGACAGCCAUAAAUUUCCUUCAAAGAAGCCUAAACACAGAUGAGCAGCAAUUCUGGAUUUCACUGGGACCGGCCUGGAAUACCCCGAGGUCAGACUGGCAAAAUGGUGACUCCUUCCCAGGAUACAUUCCCAGCUUCUCCGAUGGCUGGCAACCCCCUUUGAAUCAGUCCGGGAGAUCCCCAACCCCCAGCCGCUUCUCAACCGACGAGAGAAGGAUGGAAUCCCCCCAGUACCCUCCCUUGGAAAUGUCCCAGAACAUGCCAAAGCAAGCCGUGGCCAUGUAUGACUUCACAGGGAGAAACUCGCGGGAGAUCAACGUGUCGAAGGGAGAUGUUCUAGAGGUGUUAGAGGCUACAAAACAAUGGUGGAAGGUCAGAAGCUUGAGAGGGGAGAUUGGUUACGUACCAUGCAAUAUCAUGGAGCCAGUCAAUCAUGGAGCACAGUACUCACCGCACCAUGAAUCCCGGAGAUUCGGAGAUAGCCAUGCUGCUGGAGUGACAAUACAUUCCAGGUCCAACGAGGUGAGGGCUUGGCUCCAAUCCAAAGGCUAUCGACCACUCACUGUUAAGUCUUUUGGAGUCCUCUCUGGGUCAGAGCUGCUGAGUCUAUCUAAACAAGAAUUAAUCCAAGCGUGCCCUGAGGAAGGAGACUAUGUCUACAGAGAUCUCCACAGGGGAUAGUGAGGGAGCUGGAGACAACCAGGAGCAAUGAAACAGGCAGAGGUUGUUUCGCAAGGAUGAGGGGCGUAAAGUGUGGAGUGUUUCAGAGUGCGUCGCUCGGGAUAAUUCAUUCACGUUAUGAAAUGCUGCAAACUAUCUGUAUAUUUAAUGUCUGUAUAUUUAAUGUAAACGUGUGCAUUCUCCCCCCGCUGACCGCUAGGUUUUUAUAUUAGCUCUGUGUAAAAAAAAGAAGUAGCAAAUUUUGCCCCCACUGUUGUGAGCCAUUUGGGGUACAGGUGUGUUGCGAUGGCCUUUGUACAUGAACCUCCUAAUCACAUUACUGGUGUAAGGAAAGAAAACCUCUUUCUAUUUUCAAAUGAGCUCCACAAAUUAACAAAUUAAACUGCUUCCA